AUGCAUUCAUCAAAACACUUUGUUAUUAUUACUUUGCUAAUUCUGCUUUCUCUGGCAACGGCAAUUGCCCGAACAGCUUCGGAAUGGAGAUCGCGCACAAUAUAUCAGUUACUUACUGAUCGGUUUGCACAAUCGCCUGGACAGAAGAAUCCACAGCUAUGUGCUAAUAAUGGCAAUGAAUAUGAAAUUAGACGUUACUGUGGGGGGACAUUUACUGGUGUCAUUGACAAGCUAGAUUAUAUUAAAGACAUGGGAUUCGAUGCAAUCUGGAUCAGUCCCGUUGUUAAGCAAUUCGAGAAAGAAACAAAAUACGGUCCGGGAUGGCAUGGAUAUUGGGCACAGGACAUUUAUGAAAUAAAUUCACACUUUGGUACGGCAAACGAAUUGAAACAACUCGUACAAGAAGCACAUGCACGUAACAUUUGGGUGAUGGUCGAUGUUGUCGCUAAUCACAUGGGUCCACAAGAAGGAACAACGCCGUAUACGGCAGAGUAUUUGAAAGCGUACACGCCAUUCAAUAAGACCGAGCACUUUCAUGAUUUCUGCGUCAUCGAACAUUGGGGUAACGAUUAUGAAGUUGAGCAUUGCAGUCUUGGAGGCUAUGAUCUUCCAUUGCCAGAUCUCAACACUGAAAAUCCUCAAGUGGUGGACAUCUUCAGCAACUGGAUCAGCGAUCUAGUCCGUGAAUAUAAUUUUGAUGGCAUCCGUAUAGAUACUGUUAAACAUGUUCGCAGAGAAUUCUGGAGUGAGUUCACUGCUGCAGCCGGGGUAUUUUCCAUAGGCGAAAUGUUUCACGAUGACCCUUACACAGUAGGCAAUUAUCAAAAUUAUAUGGAUUCCGUACUUGGAUACCCGUUGUUUGAGAAGAUCAUACCAGUCUUUACAAACCCGUUUUCCGAUAUGGGUUCUGUUAGUAGAGCAGUUCAGAGCAUGAGAGGUGCAUUCAAGGACGUGACUGUAUUGGGAAAUUUCAUUGAUAAUCAUGACCAACCUAGAUUCUUGUCAAGAACGCAAGACAGAAAUUUGUUGAAAAACGCACUGACGUUCGUGCUGCUAACAGACGGAAUACCAAUUAUAUAUCAAGGCACCGAGCAAGGAUUCAACGGAGGAAACGAUCCAUGGAACCGAGAAGCCUUAUGGCCAUCAAACUAUUCGCAAUCGAGUGACUUGUAUCAAUUCAUUGCAACGAUAAACAAAUUCCGACAAACACUCCCAUCCUCAUAUUUUACAUCGCUUUCGAUUGAAGCAUGGGCGAAUGAUCGUAUUUAUGCCUUUUUCAAAGACAGAGCGUUGGUGGUCAUGACAAUAUACGGAACAUAUGAUCCCAUGUUUAGUAUAAAAGUCAAAACCAAUGGAUUAUACAGCGUUGGCACAACUCUAGUGAAUAUAUUAAACUGUACAGAGAAAGUAACCGUAGAUAGUUACGGCGAAGUGGGGGUAAGAAUAACUGGCGAUCCGCGAAUAUUCUAUCCUAGUCAAGAAGUAAAAGGGUUAUGUCAAAUAGAUAAACGACGGAUGAAUCGCAAAGUAGAUAGACAGAUAAAUAUAUUUAAAUUCGCAUGA